AUGCGCAUCCACGAGAGCGGAAUUGACCGCAGCCUUGACACACCCACCCCGCCGAGCGUCACUCCCAAUCCAUCACCUUGUGCACCCACUAACCACUCCCCAGCCGACAUCGACGCCACCGACCUUACCACCGCUCACUCCUCCCCUUCCUUCUCCUCUUCCUCCAUCACUGCCACAACGACGGCCGCUUCGGCGUCUGUCGCCCACGACCUCACCACAGCCGAACCUGACACAACAACAGGCACAACCCCUGCAACCUCCAUCAUCAGACGUGAGGGCCAGGGCUACAUCUGCCCUCACUGCGAUCGCACCUUCACUUCACGCAUCGGCCUGUUCGGUCACUUGCGAAUCCAUCGCACAGAGACCGGCGAAACAGUGCCUGGAGCACCAACCUACACCCACCGCACACACCUCCACUGCCCACACUGCCCUCGCACCUUCAGGCAUCGCAUGGGUCUAUUCGGCCACAUGCGCAUCCACGAGAGCGGAAUUGACCACAAUUCCGAUACAGCCACGACAUCCAAUACAUCCACCAUGCCCAGCACCACCCUGGAUCCAUCGCCACAUGCGCCUAUCAUCACCACCACCACCGCCGCCGCCUCCACCACCGCCACCACCACUACCACAACCAAAACCACUGCUUCCUCUACAGCUGACACCGACACCGCCGACUUCUCAUGCCCACACUGCCCACGCACGUUCACCUCACGCAUCGGCCUGGUCGGUCACUUGCGAAUCCAUCGCACGGGGACUGGCGAACCAGUGGCUGGAGCACCAACCUACACCCACCGCACUCGCCUCCACUGCCCACACUGCCCUCGGCCCUUCACGCAUCGCAUGGGUCUAUUCGGCCACAUGCGCAUCCACGACGACCUGCGGUAG